CGGAAAAGCUUUUCAUUCUCAUUUGGAUGCAAUAUGGGUCUUCUUACAGUCUGUCCACUUCUAUUUCUUCUUCCAUUCGCUAUCUCUAUAAAGGAUGAUCGUCUACCUUGUUGGUGGAAAACGGCUUGUAACGUAGCCUGCAGACAAGUAACAUGGUUUUACAGUCGGGUACUUUACAGUCCGCGUAAAAAAAGGAUAGAAAAUGAGGACAUGGUGGACCGAUUUUGUGAAUCUACAAUCAAAUGGGCAAUGCAUACUUACGAUAACCCAACGCAAGUGGAAGAAGAAGACUUCUGCAAUUAUUUGGUACCGCUGCUAGCGAAAGAUCCAAAAUUGCACUACUUGAAAGGCUACAAAAAGGUGAAAAAAAGUGAUUUGAUAAGGGAAUAUUACCAUCAAAUAGUCGUAGCGACAAUGAUAAAGCUAUGCCAGGAAACAGUCUGCAAGGAUACUUGCAGUGACGGUAAGAAACAGAGGAUAAGUGGUAUGAAACUGCGAUGAAAUAAAGU